UCUUCUUCUUUCUGUCAAUAUUAAUUCCGCAAAACAAAAUGGAGUUAACGCAACGGCUUGAGUGUACACAAGAAGUGUAUUCAGACAGUCUACGUGAAAAAACAUCUUCAGAGCAGAUUGGGUUUUUGGGUAUCUGCGGUACUGAGCAUCCACUUAAAAUGGGUCCUAAUAAAAUUGGAAGAGACCCACAAAUGUGCGAUAUCGUCCUCAAUUUGAAAUCUAUAUCGAGACAGCAUGCUGUAAUUAACAUUUUAAAUAGCAGAGAUUUUAUGGUCAUGGAUUUGGGGUCAGCAAAUAAGACCAAAUUGUCAGGUAAAACACUGCCACCAUUCUUAUCUCAGCCUUUAAAAAAUGGAGAUGUGGUUCAAUUUGGAGAUGUUUUUGGAGUCUUCAGACUAUUUCAGGAAAAUGAUCUGCCAAUGACACAGGCCAUGGAUAUUCCUGACACACCAGCGCAUAACCGUCAUGUCUCGAAGAACAAUAUACAUGCUACAACUAUACCUGAAUCACCAGAAGUUAGUGAUAAGGAAGAUUCAUUCAUUGCAGCAUCAGAACAACAACCAAAAAAUGCAUUCAAAAGCCCAAAUGAUAUUUUUUGGAAAUCAAGUGGCAAAACAAUAUUAAUUAAACCCAUUGGUACAAAUAAAAUUGAUAAUGUGUAUUGGAGCUCCUCUAAAAAGUCUGACUCUUUUAGUAUGCAGUCAAAUGUUUCUCAUAAUCUUAAUGAUUCAUUGACAUCGCCAGGCCAUUCCCGUACCAACAAAGUACAUGAGCAAAGUAUUCAUGAUAUAGACACACAAAUAGACAAAUUGGAUACACAAGUACCAGUAAACCAAAACGAAAAUUUAGAUUCUAUUUAUAAUGCCAACACUCAAAUUGUAGAAAGUUCAGAUUCGCUUAACAUUCAUGAAAUAGAAACGCAAUUGCCAGCUCAAGAUUAUUUGGCUUGCAAAAGGCAAGAGCAAGAAAACCUGAAAAUUAUUUCUAGAACACAUAACAAAGAAAAUGUUAGCAAUAUUUACAAUGCUGAAACGCAAAUGCCAUUUGAUGAGAAACCUGUAUCACCAAAAGAUAGCAUACACAAUGCAGAAACGCAAGUGAUAUUGAAUGUUAAACCUAAGUUGUCUAGUUCUAGUAAUGUUUCAGAUGAUAUAAUACUGUUUGACGAAAUCGACAACGAGCCAUUCGAAAAUGAUUUUGAAUCUCAACAAUUGCUUUCACCUAAAUCUAACAUUGAAAACCAAAUAGUAACUGACGAAUUUACAGAAUCACAAGACACUAAUUUUGUUCCACGAAAACGAGCUAAUAGGAUUGAAUCUGACAGUUCCACUGACCGUGAAGAAAUAAAUAUUGCUCCUACUCAGAUAAAACCCGGAUUAAACAAUGAUGACGACUUAACUGAUUGUGAAGACUCAAAUGACAAUGACAUAAUCCAACCAAAUAAACUUGUGGAAAACAUAGAAGAUUUACCAACUCAAAUUUUAGAUGAUACGAAAAUUUAUGAAAAAAGCACAAAAUUGGCCAACAAAGAUGAUAGUUUUGAAAACUUACCUACUCAAAUAAUAACUAUUGAAGAAAAUAAGACUAUUAAAAAUACUCGUAAACAAAAACCUGACAUCUCGAAUUUACCGACACAAGUGUUAGACCCCGAACAAGACAUAAGCACUUGUUUCGAAGAAGCUCUAACUCAACAAAUUUAUUCUGAGGAAGUUGUAAAAUUUAAAGUUCCUUUACAAUCACCCAUUAAAAAGAAGAGAAGGGCUGACGAAAGUAAUAACAAAAGUAGUUCUGUUAUUGAAAUAACUGACGAUGAUGAUGAUGAGAAAUAUUACGCAGCUACGCAAGAGCUUUUUAAUGACUUAUGUUCUCAAAAAGCUCCGUCUCCAGAAGUCAAAGUCUUAAAUAGUGAAAAAAAUCAGUUUACAAAAAAAGAAGACAGUAUUACUAGAUCUUUUCAAAAUGAUUCAUCUGAAAGUAUUGAUGCAGACGAAAAAAUCUCCGAAUUUGUUUCUAAUUUAACGUGUUUACAAAUUCAAGACGUAGUUGGAGUUCAAAAAGACGUAACCGUUCUAAAAAAAGUGCCUAGUGAUGGCUCAGAUAUUGUGGCCACUCCAAAAAAGAUAGAUUGUCUCUCAGUGUUAGAAACUGAUUUGCCUAACACCCAAGAAAUCAAAACUGGGAUAUCGCUACUAGCUAAUUCAGACCUUGAAUCAUUAAAGGACGAUCUUAGCGAGUCAGACAUUAAUUCAGAGAAAAGUACGCCGAUCAAAUUGAAACUUAAAGAGACAGUGACACGUAAAAUCAGGAUUAAUCUCUCAGAUAAGUUCGAUCUGGAAACUAAACCUGUAAGAAGUAGCUCUCGAGUGCGAAAGCCAACGUUGAGGAUACAAAACUGCGAUGAAACUUUUAAAGAUGAGGCCGAAAAAAUACUAAAUCCUAAUUUAACAAAAGCGCGAAAAAUUGAAACUGACAGGCGAUCUUCAAAUGCAAACAAUGAUAAACAUAAGAAAGAGAAAUCAAGUAAAAGUAAAGUUGAAGACUAUGGUCGAUGUGAUAAAAACAGUAGUAGCGCAAAAGAUCAGCAUAACUCUAAAAAAAAUAACCCUACAAAAGUAGCAACAGAAAACCCUACGAGAAUUGAAUCUAAAAGAGAAAGAAAACCUAAACAAAAAGACGAGAUGAUCGACCACGUUAAGCCCAAUAUCAAAAAGACUACCUCAGAGGAGUCUAAUGAAAAGAAUCAUUCAAAUAGUACAGGUAGAAGUACACGCAGUAAACAAAAAGAAGAAGAAAUAAGAAAAAACGAGUUAAAUUCUAACAGCAAAAUAUCCAAAUCAACAGAAAAAGAUGAAUUAAGGACAGACAAAAGUAAUAAGAGCGAUAAGAAAUCGAAUAAAGAAAGAUCUAAAUCUCCUGAAACACGAAGAAAAAGAACGAAGCAAGAAGGAAGUGCCGAGGUAGAAGUAAAGAAACCUGCCAGUAAAGAGCGAUCUAUGUCUUCAGAGUUAGGAAUAAAGAAAAGGGAAAGAUCUAAAUCUCUGCAAACAGGAAGAAAAAGAACAAAGAAAGAAAGAAGUACUGAGUUAGAAGUGAAGAAAAUCCCUAGUAAAGAACGAUCUAGCUCUCCAGAGGUAGGAGUAAAGAAAAGGGAAAGAUCUAAAUCGUUGGAAACAGAAAUAAAAAGGACGAAGAAAGAAAGAAGUGCAGAGUUAGAAGUAAAGAAAACCCACAGUAAAGAACGAUCUGGGUCUCCAGAGUUAGGAGUGAAGAAAAAACCUCGUAAAGAAAGAUCUAGGUCUCCUGAAAUUGGAACAAAGAGAAGACCUGCUAGAUCCUCGGAGAAGGAAACUGAAGAAAAACCAACAAAAGAAAGAAAGAAUUCAGAAGAACCAAUUAAUAUACUAUCAUCAAAACACGAACAUAGUUCAGUGUACAGUGCUAUCAGUAAUCAGGUAUCAUCAGAUACAAGCAAUGAUUCACCAACUAAACUCAAAAGGCCUGCAAGUUCCGAACUUGAGGUACCUAAUGCAAAGAAACCUAGAAGACUGAGUAGUAAUAUGUCGAUACUUAGAGCUACACCAACUAGGAAAAAUAAGACGCAGUAUGUUUUAUUUACCGCAUUUCCUAGUGAUGAAGUGAAGAAUAAACUGGAGAAGUUAGGUGCCGUAGUAGUAUCGGAUGUGGUGACCUGCACAGUAGUGCUGACGCUGCAGAUUAAGAGGACGUUCAAGCUUCUCUGCGCUAUUGGCCUCGGCAAGCCAAUCGUUGGCCCUGAUUGGGUCCAAGUUUGUUCCGACACUAAUAUGAUUGUUGAUCCAUGGCAGUACAUAUUGGUAGAUGAAGUGAGCGAAAGGAAGUUUAAAUUCAACUUGCAUCGGACACUGGUCGGCAAGAGGGACUUCCUCAAGGGAUACAAUGUGUCAUGCACACCCAAUGUUGUGCCCAGACCACCAGAAUUGAAGCUGAUAGUGGAAUGUUCGGGUGGAAAAUGGAAGGAGGAAGGACCUAACUGGGUUUGUGUGUCGGCGCAAUGCGACGAUGAGUUGUGGGCCGACCUCAAGCGACGUGGCGCCAUCUUAGUCACCCCAGAAUUUAUACUGGGAGGCGUGUUGAAACAGAAAGCCGAAAUUAAGAAGUAUAUGUUGUGCAUGGGACAGAUGGAAAGGACUUUCGAAUCUUUUUAUGGUUGUCAUACUCGAUAAAGCAUUUAUCUUAAUACACUUCUGUGUUGUCUUUUCGUUAUACUUAUACAGUAUUAUAUCACAAUUUGAUCCAUAUGUCAAAGGUAAUAAAGCUUUUAAAUUAUUUUCAUAAGUGAUAGUGAAAUGUUCGGGUGGGAAAUGGAAUCACGAACUGCAGGCGCAGAUCCAGCCCUCACAAAAGAUUGUGGGCACAGCCACCCAAAAAUCGGCCAAGUUUUUUUUUUCUUUCCAAUAUGUCCAUCUGCGAUUGGCCCUGCGGCCAUAAUCAGAUGUGGGGAGUGGUGAAUUUUUUUUAGUUUAGGGGCAUUCUAAUAAUAAUGUCCUCCCCUUCGUGCUGUAAAUUAUGGAGCAUUAUCUCUCAGCCGACUGGCCAAGUCAAAUCGGCCAAGUGCCAGUCGGAGUAUGAACUCGCUCAUGAUCGAUAUAGUUAGUGCAUUCCUGUAUAGGAGAUGUUUACAAAUCAUGUGACACCCUGAUCCAGAUUUUGUACAGUGUACCUAGUUCCACGUGGGCAAAGCCAUUGGGCAAACACUAGUAAAUUAAUUCAUUCUUUUUUUUAAACCUGUAAAAUGUUAGUUUAUUCGCUCACGAAAAUUAUAAAAGUAAAUGUGCGUUAGACUUAACUACUAAAUCGAUUAUGAUGAAAUUUUUACAAGUUUAAAGGAUAACAUGUUAAAUCAAACGCCGACCGUGGAAGUGUGAAGUCGCACGUGUAUUGGGGUUGUGGGCAUGCCCACCUCCCACAACGGUGGAUCCGUGCCUGGGAGGAAGGUCAUAUAGAACCGCGCGCUGUGGCUCGGUCUCAAGCGACGUGGUGCUGUCGUGGUCUCUACAGAGUUCAUACUAAUAGGCAUGUUUGGACAGAAACUCAAUAUU